UUCGCCCUCCGCUCGCCCGCUGCGCUGCCGCCGCCGCCUCCCGCUAUCGCCGCCGCCGCUUGGGGCGGCGGAGGGAUUGAUGUGGAGGCCGAGAGCGGCCCCGCCGCCGCCGCCAUGCAGCCCCCGCCGAGGAAGGUGAAAAUUACUCAAGAGCUAAAACUCAUUCAGACUGAACAGAUGACAAAACUUCAAGCCAAGCAUCAGGCAGAAUGCGACUUACUUGAAGAUAUGAGGACAUUCAGCCAGAAGAAAGCUGCAAUUGAGAGAGAAUAUGCACAGGGCAUUCAGAAACUGGCUAGUCAGUACUUAAAGAAAGAGUGGCCUGGAAUAAAAGUGGAUGAGCGAAAUGAUUUUAGGAGCAUGUAUCCAGUGUGGAAGUCGUUUCUGGAAGGCACAAUGCAAGUGGCCCAAUCGAGGCUCAAUAUCUGUGAAAACUAUAAGAACCUAAUUUCUGAACCUGCCAGAGCCGUGAAGUGUUUCAAAGACCAGCAGCUGAAAAAGUGCGUUGACCAGCUGACCAGGAUCCAGGCUGAACUGCAAGAGACAGUAAAAGAUUUAGCCAAGGGGAAGAAGAAGUACUUCGAGACUGAGCAGAUGGCUCAUGCCGUCCGUGAAAAAGCUGAUAUCGAGGCCAAGUCUAAACUCAGCCUCUUUCAGUCGAGGAUAAGCUUACAGAAAGCAAGCGUAAAGUUAAAAGCCCGCAGGUCGGAGUGUAAUUCUAAAGCUACUCAUGCGAGGAAUGACUACCUUCUCACUUUAGCAGCUGCGAACGCACACCAAGACCGCUACUAUCAGACUGACUUAGUGAACAUCAUGAAGGCUCUUGAUGGGAAUGUAUAUGAUCACCUUAAGGAUUAUUUAAUGGCGUUCAGCAGGACUGAAUUAGAAAUAUGCCAAGCUGUACAAAGCACAUUCCAGUUUCUUUUGGAAACGUCUGGUCGGGUAGUGCGAGAUUACAGUUUUCAGCUGUUCUUACAAGAUAACUCGGUGUUUCAUAAACCACAGCCUUUCCAGUUCCAGCCCUGUGACAGUGACACCAGUCGGCAAUUGGAAUCCGAGACCGGGACAACCGAAGAGCACAGUCUGAACAAGGAAGCCCGAAAAUGGGCCACGCGAGUGGCACGAGAGCACAAAAACAUCAUCCACAGCCAACGGACUCUUGAGGAGUUGGAGUGCCAUGGGCCCGUGGUCUCCGAACAAAGCCGAACAGAACUGGAGCAGAAGAUAGAUGAAGCCAGGGAGAGUAUCCGUAAAGCAGAGAUAAUAAAGCUGAAAGCGGAGGCUCGACUGGACCUCUUAAAACAGAUUGGAGUUUCGGUGGAUACAUGGCUGAAAAGUGCCAUGAAUCAAGUGAUGGAGGAACUGGAGAACGAGCGGUGGGCAAGUCUCCCUACAGUGACCAAUAACGGCUCUUCGCACUUGCUGAACAUUGAUCCAGACAGGGAAGAAGGGGAAGAACUGGAAGACGGCCUGGAUGCUUUUGAUGACAGCAGUUCCAGCCCUUCGGGUACUCUCCGGAACUAUCCGUUGACUUGCAAAGUGGUUUAUUCGUACAAGGCUUCCCAGCCAGAUGAGUUGACCAUUGAGGAACACGAAGUUUUGGAAGUUAUUGAAGAUGGAGAUAUGGAAGAUUGGGUAAAGGCGCGAAAUAAGACGGGCCAUGUGGGUUACGUGCCAGAGAAAUACCUGCAGUUUCCUACAUCCAACAGCCUCUUGAGCAUGUUGCAAUCGCUGGCAGCCUUGGACAGCCGGUCCCAUACUUCGAGCAAUUCAACUGAAGCUGAGCUAGUCUCAGGAAGCCUCAAUGGAGACUCCAGUGUAUGUUUCGUCAAAGCACUUUAUGACUAUGAGGGCCAGACGGAUGAUGAACUGUCCUUCCCAGAAGGAGCGAUAAUCCGUAUAUUGAACAAGGAAAACCAGGAUGACGAUGGUUUCUGGGAAGGGGAAUUCAAUGGGCGCGUUGGAGUUUUCCCCUCUGUCCUUGUGGAAGAGCUAACAGCCUCGGAAAACGGAGAGACUCAGUGUGUUGCAGACAUUCAGAUCUCUCCCUCUCCAAAGCCUCAGAACUCCCUGGCACCGCUGCCCCUGUACGACCAGCCGCCAGCCAGCCCUUUCCAUAGUCCUGAUAAAAGAGGUUCCCAGUACUUCCCGAGGUCUCCAUCCGCGAAUGAUCACAGCUUCACUUCAAACUCUCCUGGAUUCUCUCAGCCUCCACGACCUCUUCCAGAGAGCACCUCAUAUGGCAAGUUGAGACCUGUACGAGCAGCCCCUCCUCCCCCAACGCAGCAGCAGCAUCGUAGACCAGCAGAGAAGAUCGAGGAUGUCGAAAUCACCCUGGUGUGACCAGCAUGGCAGACUGCCUAGUUGUUCUACAAUCAAGGCCAAGCGUUGGCAAUGUUUGGUCAGCUCUCGUUCUUGGGCACCUUUGCAUGAUGGAAGAGACUUUUUAAAAGAGCAUGGGAAAAUGGGAGGAUUUUCCAGAGACAUUGACACAGUGGUGGUGGACCCUCCUUCCUGCAGUCAUGAAUAUUUUGUGCCUUUUUUUUUUUUUUUUGGUUGUUGAUGCUGUUUGAUUUCACUUUGUCUAUCUGCCAUCCUUCCUCCUUUAGCACAAAGCAAGCUGGGCCUGUCACAAACAGAGUGCCUCGGCAACUGAAAUAUGGCCUUUUUAUUUUCGGUGGAGGCUCCAGCGAACCGCCUUCUUUGUGCCGCUCGUGACCGGUCUGCCAAUUAACUUUUCUACGCGGAAAUGCUUCUGUGGAACGACGUGCCCUGGGAGCCUCUGCAACGUACAGCACAUCCCUCGUCCCAUCUCUGAGCCCCAUCAGGGUGGAAUGGGGACUUAUUGACUGGUGCUACGGGUUGCAGCAAUAAACAGGGCCAAGUCCUCACAGGGGGAAUAUGCUUCUGCGUGCGAAGUGUAACGUGUCGGCCAGGCCACAGCAUACAUAGACCAUGUGCAUUGUUAGUACAGUAUAUUACUGUUGCCAUAGGAAUGUGUAUUAAUUUUUUUUCCUGUUCAAAUAAUAGUACUUACCUGGUUAGGUGAUGAAUCAGAAUUUGUGGAAUAGAGAGGGGAACUCACACACAGAGAUUGAACGAGAGGCUGGCUCCUCUCCCCCUCCUGCCCUGACAAAGGGUUAAACAAAAAAUUCUGCCCGUAACAGAAACGCCGUGGAUUCUCCGGGGUUAAUGACUUCAGUGUACGCCUCUUCCGUAACAAACCGUAAAAAAAACCUGAAUGUCAUGUUCCUUUUUGUAUUAAUAUUUAUGCCGUGCAUUUAGAAAUGAAUAGAAUAUCUACUUCGGAAGUGCUGACUUAGUAGCAACUUUCCCCUUCCUCCCGUUAGGAUAACACUGAAUAAGCAGGAUUUUCAUCUUAGAGCUGGGAAAAGACCAUUGUUUGCUUUUUGGAAGCAGAUUGUUUUUAUCUCCUUCCCCCUUUCGUACUCGGGUCGCUUCUUAUCCCAGUUAUCGUUGUGUAGUUUUACUCUCUACCUUAGCAGUAGAUCUCGGACAUUGGAACCUCCGGCUAGAGAGGAGAAGUUUUAAUGUUGCAGAAUAUUGGAGUGUGGUGUCUAGCUUUAGUUGUGGAUAGUCCUAAUGCAGGUCUCCCACCUGAGGCCCACCUGCCAGCUCUCAGACCCAGGGAACUGAGGUUGGGGAGGGGGAUCAUUGAUCUCCCCUCCCGCUCACUACGAGGUUGUUGAAAGUGGUGGGAAGUGGAGCGCUUACAGGUUCUUUCAUCCCAUUACUGUGUCUGAUCAAACAGGUGGGAGGUGGCAGGCUUUGCAAAACCUUGCAAAGCUCAUUUUUCCAGAGAUAAGUGUGGGAGAAAACAGAGCAUGUGUGUCACAGGAGAAUGACAGCUGUGUCCUCAGCUGACAACACUCCGGGGGAACAGUUACCCUCUGCCUCAGCAUGACAAGAGCCAACGGGGCAAAGCAAUCCUUGGCAUCUUGCAGCUCUCUGUCAGCUCUUGGGGCAAGGAAUAGAAGGGGGCAUAGCUCUCAGGUGACUGCAGCUGGAGGCAGCCGUGAAAAUCCGGGCCUCUCUGACGAUACCAGUCUCGUUGAGGUCGUUUCUGGAGUUUUAAGAUGAACAGACAUGAUAUAGGAGGAGGGGGAGAAAAUAGAUUUUGGAGAAAAAUGGCCUUUACUCCAAGCAGCAGCAACCAUCAUGUUGGAGAGAAAAAGAACCACAUUGUGUUCCGUUCCAGGCGACUUCUGGCCCGUUGGCUGGAAUAUCUAAAACCACCCCCCGAAAUACAUUGUAAGAGCUGUAAUAUAAAAGAACAUUAAAAGUGCUCUUGUGUCUUCAUUUUUCUACCUUAAGCAAGUGGAAACAUAGUAAACAUUUUCUACGUUUAAGUUGCCUGAUGGACUUCAGACUCUCUUGGGGGUUUUUUUGUUUGUUCGUUUUAAUUUCUGUGGCUGCAUUUUGUGAAAUCAUUUAUCUUAAACUUUGCACAAAUAAUCUUGGCUGGAUCUCUUGAAACAAGAUGUGGGGCGGGGAGAUUUUUUUUUCUUCAGUUGGCCUGAGUGAGGAAAGAUUGAAGGGAAAUAGGGUUGUGUGCCACAAUCGCCAAAUAAUUGGCCGAUUCCUUUAAAGAUUUUAUGUUGGAGUGAAAAUGUUGGGGGGCGGGGGUGUUUGCGCCUUUGAUCCCGUUGAUCUCUUUGAGGUCUUUCCCUCCCUCCAAAGUGUUUAUCAAACUUAUUCUUAAAGGUUUUUAAAAACAUUUUUAAAAGACAAUUUUACUGCAAAGGUUUUAAAAUUGCUUCCGGAAAAUUAACUGUUGCCAAUAAUCACACGUUCUGUUCAGACAGCCGGUUUUUCUGCAUCCUUUUUUUGUUGUUGUUGUUGUAGUCUUUAUCCGGACUUUCAAAAUUCAGAAAGUGUUAUUUAAAAAAAAAACUCCUUUAGUUAUAUUUUUAAAAAAUAUUUUCUGUAAGAGCUGCUAAUUUUUAUUUAAAAAAAUAAAAGUUGUAAAAAUGCGCCUCCUUUUUAAACUUCAUACAGGGCAUACAAUAGAACGUAUCGGCAUGUACAGUGUCAGUACAAGGAGAGCAGUUCCUUGGAUGCUUUCUUUAUAUUGGCUGUAAAACUUUGUAUUUAUUAUGUAUAAAAUGUUCAAUAAUAAAAAAGUGGAAUUAAACAAU